AUGUCGUAUCCGACAUUGUCGUAUUCUUCCAACGACAUCCGACACACGACGUUAAGAAGUAUUAACAAACUAUCACAACCAGCAGGGGACCUCUCAAAACAGCCCGAAGGCCAGUUAAAAGAUGCGAGUAGGACCCUAUGCAAAAAAAUUUGUACAAACUUCAAUACUGCAAGAGCUCUGAUUGCUCAUGAGCAAAAAGUAAAAGUAAAAGCCACUGCUGAAUAUACAAUUUGCUUCUGCGUAACAUGCGAAAAGCCUUUUGAAUCAGACGAUGCGCUGACUUGGAAUGUUUGGAAGGGAACACAUUCAAUUAGCAUUGGAUUUAUUGGCUACAAUGCCGCCAUCACAAAACAGUUCUCAACUAUGGGUAGACUUCAUGAAGUGUCAUCCCAAUGGAUGGAAAAUACCGGAAUUGAUGGAUUGUCGAUGAAAUUUAAAAGAGUGGUUCUGAUUGAAUUAGAGCUGUUGAAAAGAUGUGAAGAAGAAGUCGGCAUACUCAAAAAAGAAAUGUCUAGCUACUUGCUUCCUUUUUGCUGCUUGAAGAAACUCUUUACGUUAAGAUUUCAAUCAAGAACUACGAUAUUUUCGAUUCUCACUUUUACCACACGCUUGUCCUAUUCGUACGGAGAUUAGAAGACAAUGUGAAAGUGCGCGAAAAAACUAUAAAAACCCAAUUAAAAUUAAUGUGACGUGACGGGUCUCCAUCUCCGAGACGGAUCUUCAUCGUUUAUGUUCAAAACAGUUUUCUUCUUCUCCUCCUCACUCACUCCACGCAGCAUGUUCUAUUGUUUGUAAUCAAUUUAUAUUAUCAACUUGUGUCAAGUCAUUAAAAUAUGUUUCUGAACUAUAAAGGGAAUAAAGAAAUUGAGUUUGUUCCAAAGUCUUUUAGCCCGCAUUCAUUUCAUUCUACUUCAAUCAAAACUAUUAGCUGUAUACUAUUUCAACUAUUUGUAGAGUAUAUUUUUUUAACAAGUACUUAUUUGCUUCUUAUAAUAAUACAAGAUGUAUAGUAUACAUAAAACUAGCUCACCUCAUACGUGGCACUGUAUUAUAUAUAUUCAUUUGUGGAAUUAAAAUGGAAAUCAAUCACAAUGGGCUAUCAAACAGAAAGUGAAUGUUUCAAAAUAUCAUUCCGGGCAUGCUAUGUAAUAUAUUAAAAAGGAUGGCCACAAGCUUGAUCAUAUUUUUUUUGAAGUAAUCACAUAAAAAACUUUCUAUAUUAACAAAAAGCAAUAUAUAAAGAAGUAGUAAUCUUCUUGUGAAACAUUCUGUGAUGCCACAGAUGCUAAUGGUUUUGACUUUCGUAGUGCAUGAGCAUAUUUUUUGAAAAAAAUAAUUAUUUGAGGAAACUACAAAGAAAAAUUGAGUUACUGUCAGUACAUUUAUAUACAUUAUGAGAACCAUCAUAAAACCAUUCAAUAAACCUGAAAGUAUAAUUCAUAACUUCAGUCUAUGAAAUACACAAACACAUUUCAUCAAGAAACUACAACUACAAACUACAAUCGUUCAAUAUAUAUUAACAAUUGUUUCACAAAAAAAACGGAUUCUUCUAUAUUCGAAAGCAUAACAGAUUAAUCCUUAACGAAGACGACGUGAUACACGUUUGCCUAAAGUUCAUUCCAGUAUAUGUUAACAAGUUUUAAUGUUGUGAAACAAAAAAAGGUUUCGUUCAACCAAGAGAUAAUCGCUAUGUACAAAAGUAUUCAGGCCUCAAUUCAUCGAAACAAGACAAGUAGAGUUCGUAUAUGUGAUAAUACAUUAGACACAAUUCAUUUCCGGCCAAAAUUAAGCGAAACGAGAGAAAUCUGCAGGGCUUAACUGAUAAUGCCAUAGACAAGUGCCGACUUCGGUGUUAUGAAAGGCCCAAUUCACCAAAACAACGGAACCUGCUAUGUAUGGAUUGCUUCUAGAAACAGGACCAUUUUCCUAAAUUUUUUUUCAACGACCUAGCUCACCGAAACAAUCAAAUCUAUUAUGUACGGAUUCCUUUUAAAAACAGGAUCCUUUUUCUGAAUGUUUACCAAUGGCUCAAUUUACCGAAAUAACCGAAUCUGUGAUGUAUGAAUUGCUUCUAGAAACAGAAGCUUUUUCGUGAAUGCUUAACAAUGGGCCAAUCCACCGAAACAACUGAAUAUGUGAUGUAUGGAUUGCUUCUAGAAACAGGAGCUCUUUCCUGAAUGAUUAUCAAAGGUCUAAUUUGCGGAAAUAACUGUAUCUCUUACUUAUCAGAGGCUCGAUUUACCAACAUAACCGAAUGUGUUAUGUAUGGAUUGCUUUUAAAAUCGGGAAUUCUCACCUGAAUAUUUUGUGAAGGCAAUUUUGCAAAUGUUAGCCAACUUUAUGUGUAUGGAUUGCUCCUGACUUGCCAAUUCUUUCCUAACUUUUUUGUUAAAGCCUUACAGAUGUAAAUUUCUUCCGCCCUUAAAGGAAAUAAAAAUCUGAUAUUAAAGUACCACAUCAAAUGCGGUUGAUUAACAAUUAAUAUUAAAAAUCAAAUAGAAGAAUAAUUUUAACAAAAGAGCUUUGGCUCUUUUGGGAUAAGGCAGUUUAGAAGGGGAUUAAACACAAGACGACGAUAAACAUUUGCGUAGAUAUUUACGCUCCAUCUUAUAAUACAACCACUAUGUAUAUAACACCAAAUGUCAAUAAGAAAACAAAUUAAUCAAGUUCAGAGAGCACAGAAAACGAAUACAAAAAGUUGUAUCCACAAGGUUCCAGCCCUGCUCAGUUUUAUGGUACCGCCAAGGUUCACAAGAUACCACCUAAUUCUACAGUAGCUGACGAUUUACCAUCACGACCCAUCAUAUCGAAUAUCGGAUCUGCUACUUACAACACAUCAAACUACCUUGCGAAAUCUUUAACACCGCUGACAAAGUCAACAUAUACUACUGAAAGCUCUUUAGAUUUUAUAUUAUCAUUGAAAGGAGAAAAGAUACCUCAUAAUUACAAACUAGUACCUUUUGACGUCACUAGUUUAUUCACCAACGUUCCGUUGGAACAAAAGAUAGACAUAAUAUUGCAAAAGAUAUAUGCUGAAAAAGUUAUAGAAACAAAAAUUAAGCGAGAGGAAAUGAAACAUCUAUUAAUCUCAUGUACAAAACAUGUACAUUUCAGUUUUAACAACCAACUUAUAUUCAGGUAGAUGGUGUAGCAAUGGGCUCGCCUCUAGGACCAGUCCUAGCAUAUCUUCAUGGUUGAGUUAGAGAAUGAAAUAGUCCCAAAAUUAGAAAAUUCAGUAAAAUUUUGGAAGAAAUAUGUAGAUGACACUGUUAAUGAAAACCAGAUAAACAAUGUGCUGAUCACACUUAAUAGUUACCAUUCGAAUAUCCAGUGAACAUAUGAAGUUAAAAACGAUAACUACAUAGCCUUUCUUGAUGUAAAAACACAUCUAUUUAUCGAAAAGACACGAACACUGACAUAUAAAUGCACUAGAAUUCAUCUGCAUCACGCCCAUGGAAAGUUGAAACGGUUAAAUGGUUGGUGUUGAGAGUGUUUAAUAUAUGCUCUUAAUCACAAGAUCUGAAAUACGAACUAAAUCACUUAAAAAAUGUGUUUAUAAAAAACUUAUCCCGAAGCAGUUGUAUCUAAUGUAAUUAAUAACACACAGCGAAAUUUCAACAUUCAAAAUGCCGACACUGUUUCUGAAGAAGACACCAAUGAAUCUCCAAUAACACCUUUCAUGGUUUUUAUUCUGUCAAGUCUGGCUACGGAAAAUAAAUAAGGUUAAUUUCGUUUAAGAAAAACGAAUUAGAAAAUAAUGGUAACUGCUUAGUAAAGCGUCUAACACUUUUAAACAGUUUCUAUCAGCCAAUGUCAAGCCACGCAUUGCUGAUCAAUGUAAAAUGUUAUGUUUGCUAUUUUCUGUGAAAUAGAACCAAGGAUGAACACAACAUGGUGUUGUGUACAAAUAUACUUGUCCGGUGGAAUAGUGCGAUGCUACAUACAUUGGUGAAACAGCCAGGAGGCUUAAUGAAAGAUAGACCACCAAAAACGCGAUAAGAACUCUCACAUCCUAAAACAUUCAGUCAUUGAGAAUUACCAACUUGGUGAACAAAAGAACUUCAGUAUUUUGAUAGAUAAUGUUCACCACUUUAAAAAGAAAAAAAUAGCUGAGGCCAUGUAUAUUUGUGAUAACAGUCCCACGCUUAAUGUACAGGGAUUAUCUGUUCCAUUAAAAUUGUUUUAAGAUAAAUAUUAUUUAUAGUCAAGGGGAGGAGUGAAUUUGUGCACCGCGCGGUGGACGUUACCCUCACCAACGGUAUAUAGUUUAUAUACCUUUGGGUAUGCCGUUAUGUGUUAUAUGUUUCGUUAAGUAUUGUUUUAUACGUCCUCUGUGUAUUGCGUAGUUGUUGAAAAUUAUAUUUAAAAAACUUUUGAGAUAAUUGUAACAAUUUACGUUGAUAAUUGUCUUGUAGUAACAAGACGAAAUAUCCGUUAAAAUAAAAUAAAAAAUGUCAUCAUCAAUCAAACUUCUCGUAUUUAUUUUUAUUGUGAAGUUAUAUACCGAAUUAAUAUAUAAGACUAAUUAAGCAAGAACAUAUUUGUUAAUAUCGAUCUGCUUGUGCUAAGGCACUUGCCAUUGUAUAACUGGAUGUCAGUUGAGCUUGCUGCAAUUUUUGGUUAUAUAAAUUGGCAAAACAGUAACAGCUAGUGGAUUUCAAUAAUCAGUUUCUUCACUAAAAAACAAUUAAUCUUUAAGAAUCUUGCUAUUAGAUCACAGAAAUGUUACACAAAAAAACUUUGGAAAUGAAUACAAUUAAUUUGGAAACUAUGAAUUUUAGGAAAAGUAAUAGCAAACAGAGAAAUAUAUCACCUAGCAGUCAUA